AUGGCGGCACUCAGCCGGGGGCUUGUGAGUAUCCCCACAUCCGCCCGGCGCCUCUCACUCUCAGGCUCCUUCCCCGCCAGUGAGCUGAUAUGCCAUGUCCCCAGAGCUAGUCUACGCCACCAUGGGAGCGGUUACUUCUUCGGGCUGUGCCCGACCGAGCCCCACAGGGCCCCACGGCUCAGCCACCAGACACUUCCCGGCAAGCUCCUCCCCCAGACUCUGUCUCCACAAGCCAAAGGACUGUUUCAGAGGGCAAUUUUUCAGAGUGGAGUCGCAACACUUGGGACGUACACAUCAAGCGAGCCUCUGACUUACGCCAAGAUUGUCGCCAACCUCACUGACUGCAGCCACAGCAGCACAGAGGAGGUGGUUCGCUGCAUCAAGGGGAAGAGCAAAGACCAGAUCGUCGCUGCAACCAAGAAGAUGAAGAUCUUCCUGGGCGCUGUGGUGGACGGAGAGUUCCUGACCGACACGGCCGAGGAGCUCCUGAAGAGGAAGGAGGUGCUGAAGGUCCCGGUGAUGAUGGGAGUCACCAACCACGAGUUUGGAUGGAUUCUGCCUCAGAGCUUCGCCCCUCCGGGCUGGGAGAACGGGAUGAGCAGGGAGUCGGUGCUGGCGGUGGUCAACAUGUUCAAUCCUGCAGGGGCCUCGUCAGCCAACAACCUGAUCAUAGACGAGUACCUGAAGGACGCCAAAACUCCAGAAGAGAUCAGAGACGGAUUCACAGAAAUCAUCGGAGACCUGCUGAUGACGCUGCCGGUGGUGAAGGUGGCCGGAUACCACGCAGACGCCGGAGCUCCAGUUUACAUGUACGAGUUUGUGUAUCGCGCUCAGGUUCACAGAGACAACCGGCCGAGCUUCGUGAAGGCCGACCACGCUGACGACGUGGGCUUCAUGUUCGGGGCGUGUUUCUGGAACGGGCCGCUCAAAAUCUUAGGCAACAUCACGACAGACGAUGAAACGUUAUGUCGGACCAUGAUGUCUUACUGGGCCAACUUCGCUCAUAACGGCUCCCCCGACGGUCCCGGCCUGGUCUCGUGGCCUCAGUACGACCGGCAGAAGCAGCAGUACAUGGAGCUGGACCUGACGUCGACGGUCAAACAGAAACUGAAGGAGCGCCGGGUCCACUUCGCCACCGUCAGCCUCCCUGAGAGGCUGCAGCAGCUGGCGGCGGCGGCGGCAGCCAAAAACGCAAACUGAGCUCAGCGUCGUUCACUUUGGUCCCACGUUUUAGAGUUUUUUUUAUUAUUUCACGCCUCCUCACUGAAAUUAAUCUGUUAAUUUCUGCCUGGAACCUGUUCGUGGAUUUACUGGGCUUCUGCUCCAAAUCUUUUAAUUCCACGUGUUUUGUAAUGUAGCUGUAAUUAAAGAAAUCCCUUC